AUGGCCUCCCCGCCACCUUCGCAGGCCCUGGCCAAGCGACCAGAGGCGCAGCUAAUGCCUCCUCCGCCUGCCCCAAAACGGAUCAAACGCCCCGCCACCGUGUUGGACGAAGACGUCUACACCAGCAGCCUCUCCCACAUCAUCGCCCGGGAUUUCUUCCCAGGCGUUCUUGAGACCCAGGCAAAGCAAGAAUACCUCGACGCACUAGAAUCGAAGGAUGCAGGAUGGAUCGCCAGUUCCAAAAAACAGCUUGCAGAUGUUCUGCGCACCCCGAUUCCAGGCUCAAAUGCCCGCAAGAAGAGCUCUGGUUCUGUUUCGGUUCCUGGAACUCCCCAGCACACCCCGACCUCGUCGGACAAAACUCCUCGUGGCUGGGGAGGCGACACGCCAAUGUCGGUCGCAUCAACUUCCGUGACCGCUAUUGAAGAAAAGCAUCUUCAUAUUCCGGACGUGUCAAAUAUGGGGCUGAUGGCUUUCCAAGCCAAGUACACCAGUGAGGAUAAUGAGUCUUUCAACAAAGUUGUUGACAAGCAGAAUGCGAAGAAGAGGGAAAAGUACAGUUGGCUCUGGAAUAAUAAUAAAGUUCCAUCAGCGCGGCAAAUCGCACACCACCAGCGCGAAGUCAAGCGCAUCACAGCACAAGGCGGAAACCCUGCGAUGCUGAUGGCCAAGCACGAGUCCGAACAGCCAACUUUGAAAACGGACCUCGAUGCCCGCCCAGCAAUGCCCGAUACCUGGAAAUCAAAACCAGACAAUGGACUCAUGUUCCUUCCCAGUUCUGUCGAGGAUACCCACGAGACUCGCCAGCAAAAGGCGGAAUUGGCUUCUCGAGCCGCCCCCAAACGUACCAUUUUCCAGAACACACGAUUCCUGGAUGCGGAUGCUGCGGCCGCUGCAGAUGCGACCAACUCCGUUCCGCCGUCGCCCUCUCUGUCCGCCAUCCAAGACGCGAUUGCAGGCCGUCCCCAUUUCAGCGCAUCUGAAGCCGCCUCUGCUGUAGGAGGUAGUGAAACCCCACGCAUGAAUGGCUACGCCUUUGUCGAUGAAGAUGAACCCGAACCCGAGCCAACGUCAACGUCUGCCCUCGAUGCCGACUGGCGUCUCCUCGGCUCGGGCGACGCCACGCCCAACCCAUUCCACAUCAGCGAGGCCCGCAAACGAGAAGCUCUACAUCACCGCAUGGUCGAACGGGUUUCUCGAAACAAGCGUGCUGAAAAGGCUGCCCGUGUCACUAAAACGCCCGUCCCGGCUAGCCCGCGUUUUGCCAGCAGUCCGCGCUUAGAUUUUGGGCUGCGCUCGGUCCAUUCAACGCCGAGGGCAGGAGCACAAACAAAAAUGCUCACCCCUGCUGCGCAACGAUUGUUGUCGCAAGUUGGUGGAAGCACCCCGCGGGCCUCGGAAUCGCAAUCUGGAAUGCGAGAUAUUUGGACUCCGACCCCGCGGCGCAAGUAA